CAGGGCGAAACCAAUCCACCCUUGGCGAAUGAAUGGUAUCGAUGCGAUGGGGGUGAAAACUCGCAACGCUGUGAUAAGCUGAUGGAAAAUAAACGCAACAGCAGACAAACAAUGAGACCCUCGAGACCGAGCCGAUGUGCCCACGACACGUGGGAUGAGGAUGGUACAGGUGGCGGUGUACAGGGUCCCGAGAGGCAGACAGAGGCAAGUGGUCAGUACACAGCAUGA